AGCGGUCGAGAUGGACAUAUUAGUUAUUUGAAUGCGUUAAAAAACUAUUGAAAAUACGACAUAUGGCAGAGCUUCCUUGUUUAUUUUUUAUUUUUAUUUAAAUACGUUACGAAAUCCCAAAAAUUCUCAAAAAUUUAACAUAGAGAAAGGCUAUAGCCAUACCUUCAGUGCAAAACAACAAACAGGGACCCCCCUAGAAGUGUCUAUUUAGAAGAGGCAACAUCUUAAACUCCUCCCUGGUCCUAAUCUAUGGCCCCAUCCAUGUUUGGCAUCAGUUUCAAUACGCAUGGCUGCUGAGAUAGAGGAACUCAUGCAAGUUGUGAGGUUCAUCUUACUUCCUGUUAAACAAGCAAGGCAGAAGACAUAGACCGCCCUUUGUUGAAUGAACUAGUUUUCAACUGCCAUGUCAACUUCAAACUCUUCUUUCACAGUUAUUUUGUCUUCAAGGACUUCUCUAAGAGCAGCUGCCUGCCUGCUUUAGAACAACAGAAUAUGACAGCAGAUGUGAAUAACUGGACACACAUCAUAAAGAAAUUGUCACUUCAAGAAACAACAUCUAUUUAUAUUGUGAAGUGACAAUCCAGUGAGUAAUACGUUCCCACUGAGAAAGAAUGGAGUGUGCUGAUGACAACGAAAAACUGCAGACCACGACUUACGAGCAUAAAGUAGAACAGCGUGCAGUGAAGCACAGAGAAAUUAGCGAUCGGAACAACCAGACAUUGUGUCGUAGUCCUACGAGAGAUCUGGACACAAGGUGGAUUAAAACCGAAAUGCAUCGCAAAAGGCAAUUUGAGUUUUCAAAGAGAAGACCAGUGGACCGGGACAUAUAUGACCCGUUAUCUUCAAUGCCAAGGCGCAAAUACUUAAGGGAAUCCCAGUAUGCACCAGAGCAUAUGACGCAAACUUUAACGUCAAUCAGGCGGCCCUUGAUAACAAGUGAAAACAUAAAACUCAGGAGAGAUUAUAUAAACUAUGCAAACCAGACAGUUUCCACCUCUUCAACAAAUGAUGAAAAUGAUCCAAGGCUGAAUGCAGUGAGAUGGGAUGAUCCAGUUCUCAAUUCUGUCUGGGUUAGAGGGAAAGAGAGAAAGGAACGAGUUUUUGCACAAGACAUAACUCAGGACUCAAAGAAUCAGAAGACUUUACUCUCAACCAGCACGCAAACAGAGUCUGGAUUUGUGACUGUCAAAGAAGCAGAUGUGCAACAGUUAGCUCAUUAUUUGGAGGAGGCCUUACACAGAGAAGAGGCUCUUAAAAACAAACUUGCCAGUCUUCAGAAAAGUGCCUCUACAUUGGUGCGUUCAACAGAGCUCCUAUGGAAGACACGCUGUGAUGAGGACUUGCUGAAGAGUAAGAUCAAAGCUCUGGAGGCACAGCUGCAGGUUUGCAUCAAGAAGAUACCUCAGGAUGGAGUGAAAAAAGUGGUGCUAAAGAUGGAGAAACAGAGGGAGGAGUAUGAGCAGAAAUCUCUGAAGGCUAUUCAGAGGGCGGAGAACGAGAAGGCGGAGGCUCAGAGCAAAAUGGAGCACCUCCAGGGGAUGCUGCAGACAACCCAGACCGAGUCGGAGCAUUGGCAUAGGCUUUGUGAGGAGCUGAGAGAGGGUUCAAACCAGCUUAAACAGAGACAUGAUGAAUGCACCGAUCAGAUAUUACAUCUGCAAGGCCAGUUAGAGCAGUCUGUUGGACACGAGGAGAUGCUGACAAAGCAGACAGAAUCUCUUCAACAGGAGACAACAGAGCUUCAGUCGUGCAUUUCUGAACUGGAGGAAGAGAACCUCGCUCUCAGAGAACAUCUACAGGAACUCACAGGAAACAACCCCGAGUGGUGGAACAAUAACACACAGUCCCAUGAGGACGUUACGGUACUGGACCAACUUCUACGAACAGACAACAGUAUGAACAAACAACUCAGGGACAUGGAGCUUAGACUUAGAAUCAAAGAAAAAGAGUGCAUGGAGUUACAGGCGGAGCUUGACGCCCUGGAGCAGGAGUGUUACAGCUAUCAAUCCCGUCUGAGCCAUUGCAAAGAAGAAAUAAACAAACUGACCACACGACAGAACGGCACCAGGAAGCGAUGUUGUGGAUCCUGUUUUAUUAUGUGUCUUUUCUUCCUGCUGCUGGUAGUUUUGGUGAUGGCAGCUCUGUGUUUGUACCAUCCACCUGCCAGAGAGCAGCUACGGCAGUUUUACUCUCUUUUGCAACAACGUAUGGCAGAGUACAUGAUACAAACAGCGUCAACACAACAUGGAGCUUGUGUUAGACCCGUGUGACCAGACAAAGAAACAAGAGCAAAGCCAAGAAUGUUCUAGAUAUUUGUUAUAUUAUUUUGCAUUUUUGUUUCUAAAUAUUUUUUGAAGACUUUGUACAUUUAAAAUGUAUUUUUAUUAAUUAACAUCAGUAACAAACAUGCCUAUUGUUUGCAUGUUUUUGUUUAAUGAACACAUUUACAUGUAUGGCUUAAAUAUUUGUAUGAGUUGAAUUGUAGCUUUUUGAAAUAGUCCUUUGUAUUUAAAUUGUUAUAGUACUUUUGUACAGAAUAGUAUUAAAGUUAAAUACUCAUACAUGUGCCCGUGUGGCUUGAACCGAACAUGAAAAAGAUGAAUUUAACUAUUUGUUUAUUGUUAAACGCUGAUGUAAUGUCAGAUAAACGUUGAAUAAAUUCCCAUUUAC